UUAUAAUUGGUUAUAAUGCUGAAUAGAGGGUUAUAACGUUGAGAGAGUUGUGUCCUCCUCUGGUUCCUGGAUCCAGCUACAGGAGUCCGUCUGCCAGUAAGAUGAGGUUGCUACAACACUGACCGACAACACGUCUCACACACUGGAUCACAGUAACCUGGAUGCAACACACUCCUGCAGACCAAGAUGUGUGUAUCUGUCCUGUCUCGGUGGCUAAUGCUGUGUCUGCAGCUAUUGGUGAUGGUGGUUUUCAGGACACAAGGUGAGGUCAUCGCCCCCUCCAGCAUGACCGCUGUGGCGGGCCUCCCCUUCACGCUGGGCUGUAACGUCACCAUAGCAACUGGCGACACGGUCAAGCAAGUCCGCUGGCUGAACAAACACAAGCAGGUUCUCCUGGCGUACGAGCCAGGCGAGUCAGUCAGAACCACCUCCCGCCAAGACGACGUGGAGCUAACUUCCUCGCACCGCAACGUCAGCGCCAUCACCAUCAAGAGGGUGGGGCCUAACGACGAGGGCUGCUACCGCUGCAUCUUUGACAUCUACCCCAGCGGAGCACAGGAGGGAAAGACCUGCCUCAGUAUCGAAGUCAAAGUGGGCAAUGAGGGUAAUAAAACAGCCAUCAGCGGGAAGCUGGCCACCAUGUCCUGCUGGUACGGCCUCCCAGACAGGGUACGCCAGGUCCUGUGGAGAAAGACUGCAGAGCAGGGCGACACGACCACGUUGGCCUCCUUUGCCAAGCGAGGCCAACCCAGCAUUGAGGAACCUUAUCGGGGACGCAUGACCCUGAACCCCUCCCUGGGAGACACCCAGCUCUCCAUCAGGCCGGUGAAGACGGAGGACGAGGGCUGCUACACCUGCGAGUUCCACACUUACCCAGAAGGCACCAGGAGCGCCACGGCCUGCCUCUUUGUAUAUGUGCUGCCCAACCCAGAGAUCACCCACGUGACCUCCAGCGGGGUCAUCGAGGCCAACUGCACGGCCGCAGCCCGUCCUGCAGCCCAGAUGGUAUGGAAUGUGGAGGGGGACAACCGGACGCUGGGGCCGUCCGUGUCCUCGUCCUACGACCAGGGGGACGGCACCACCCUGGUCACCAGCACCCUCCUCCUCCAGGAGGCCCUGCCCCACGACCAAUCCGUCAAAUGCAUGGUGCACCACCGAGGCCUGGACUCGCCCAUGUCCGUCAACCUCAAUGUUGGUUCGGCCCUCACUACUAUCAUCUCAGUAUCCUGUGUGGCAGCCCUGCUCCUGUGCUGUCUGUGUGUGUGCCUCUGCAAGUGCUUCCUGUGUCGAGACGAUUGAGAUUUGACCUGGAAUGGUGGAAGAAGGACUGUUUUGAUGAGAAGCCAGAGUUCUGGUCAUCCAGCUAGACCUAUCAGCUCCUCAGCUCCAUACGCCCCAUGUCUGUUAGAAGGAACAACUCACUACAGUACUACACAUCACCAACAGCUGUUUCUCCAGGCCCCACUGGGUGAACUGGACAUGAACCUUCAUCCCACCAGUGACAACAACAUCAACAACACUAAAGCCAUGUUUCUAUUAACAGUAGAUAUAAAGACACUUAUCAAAAUGUGGCUUUGAAGUUUAGUUUGUCUGGUCCCAGAUCAUUUUGUAAUGACUUGCCAACUCCUAUAGUCAUUGUUACGUCAAUGGCUCAACAGAUCUGGGAUCAGGCUAUAACCGGUCCACUCGAUGAAGAAAAAAGUAUAGGACAAAGGCCCUUAAUAGAAAGUGCUUUAAAAGUAGGUUUUAAAUUAUACGUUCGCAAAAACUGUCUAAUUACACACUGUGAUGUUUAACAGUUACAGUGUGUUUAAGGACCAGGCUGCUUUUUUGUGUAGGAGUUCCUGUUAUUUGUUUGUGUGAUUUUGCUGCUGUUAUAAGGGGGGUGUUACACAUAUCUUUAUUUUAUGACUCAAAAACACAAGUUGACUUCAUGGGAGUUCCAGUAUUAAAAUGCAAUUUGCCAUGUAUUAGUUAGCUAUAUGACAUUUAGAAUACAAACAAUAUCAUAUAUAUUUCUCAUGCUCAAUAUUUAACUUACAUAUUUACAACAGGGAAUGAAAAAUGUCUGUCUCGCGUGCCUUUCCUAUUGAAGUGUAUUCCUACCAUCUGACCAUUUGAACUGAAGGUGUAAUUACAGCAGGAAAAUGGCCUCCAACUUUUCAGCCUGUAAACCUCACAACAGAUGUAUGUAUACAAAUGAACUACUACUGUUUAUUAGCAAUAAACUCUUCAGCAUCUUCCUAUAGUUUAACAUCACACCAAAUCAGCCUACCCAAAAUAGUCUAGACAACGAUGGAAGUUGACGUGAUUGUGUCAAUGAAAUAUGCUUAUGACAUUGGAUGUCAGGUUGGGUAUAUCAGGGUAGCUUUUUAGGCCCCUGUCCCUUACGUCACUGUGAAUAUUCCUGUUGCAAUGUCAAACAGCACUAAUAGUGAGCUUAGCUGUGUGUUUCUAAGUGCUGCCUGAGGAUUACUGGUGAACAGAUCUACAGCGGCUUCAGAAACUAUUCACCCGUUGUCUUUCUCCACAUGUUGUGUUACAGUCGGAAUUUAAAAUGGAUUCAAUUGAGAUUGUGUCACUGGCCUAUUACAAAGUAAUUCAAAAUGAAACUCUGAAAUGUCUUUAGUCAAUUUAGUAUUCAACCCCUUUGUUAUGGCAAGUCAAAAUAAGUUCAGGAGUAAAAAUGUGCUUAACAAGUCGCGUAAUAAGUUGCAUGUAUUUUUGAAUGACUACCUCAUCUCUUUUCCUCACACAUACAAUUAUCUCCACUAAUCCAGCACCAUUUCAACAUCUAAUCACCUACGUUUACUGUGAUCCUGUGACUACCGUUUCUCAGUAAAGUAUUAUGUUUAUCCUUAACCACGGAUUCCUGGUCUCUUCUCUGCACCUGGGUCCAACCUCACCACGUCACAAAGACUUGAAAAUGGCUGUCUAGCAAUGAUCAACCACCAACUUGACAAAGCUUGAAUAAAGCUCAGGCGGGUAGCAGGGAACCAGGAACUGAGGCUGAGGCAAGGGGAGUAGGGGCAGGGUAAGCAGGACUGACGAGGGACUGGAGACAGGGACCAGAGUGAGAGCGGACGGAACUGUAGCGGAAAGCAGAGUCAGGCUAGGGAAAACCAGGCACAAGAGGAUAACACGAUCUAUGCAGGAACAAACAGCUUAAACCGCAGACUGACUGAGCAGAGGCUACGAACUAGCAGCGUGGAAGUGACAGGGCUGAUUAUUUGUAAAGGCCUUGAUUAUGGAACAUGUUGCAGCUGGUGGGGAUCUGCUCCGUCUCCAACACACCUGUCUCCACUCACACAAUCACACACACACACACACACAUGCAGAGGGAGAGAGCACUGGGGAAGUGGCAGCAGGUUAGGGAGACAGGAUGAGAAGUAGACGGCAGGAGCAGAUGUAGCAGAGAGAAAUAAUCUAUUUAAUACCUUUUUGAAUUCAGGCUGUAACACAACAAAAUGUGGAUUAAGUCAAGGGGUGUGAAUCCUUCCUGAAGGCGCUCUAUGUACAGUAUGUAAUGCACUAUUACAGGACCUACAUGGACAAUUAAACCACCCAGAGAUGCUCUUCA